UCAACAAUAAUGGAGUCCGGCAAAGAAAGGCAGUUGAAAUUUGUGCCACCAAAAUCGUUUGUUCAUCAAAGCUUUUGGUAUAAAUUGGCAGACAUUAAACUAAAUAUUGAUAAACUCCAGGAUUCGCCGAAGGAAGUGUACGCCGAAAAGAAUUAUACUGAGUACUCGAGAUUGCUCAUAGAAGUAGACUGUACUGCAUUUAAUAGGGAAUUAUCAACCUCGUCGAAAAAUUCCAAAUGUAAAGGUAUUCUUUUGAAUACAAACACUAUUGAGGAGUUUAGAAGCAAAGAUAAGAAUGAUCUUAUAAAACGCUUAAGUGAUGAUUAUUUCAACCAAUUACUUUCAAAGGAUAAACUUGAAAGCAGUUCCGAGCUGUUUUUCUUUCUACUGUUUUCGUUUGCGGAUUUUAAAGCACAUAAAUAUUACUACUGGUUUGCUUUUCCAGCUUUUCGAGAUAUAAUAUAUAAAUGUCGAAGUGAAUGCAAAUCUGUAUCUUCGAUUUUCUCGCAAGACUUACUUGAAAAAUUUGAAUUACAGUUAUGUACUUUUCGAAACAAAUUUUCUGAACCAGUAUUUAUUUUCGAUUCAAAAUCAGAUAUCAUAUUGAAAUUAUCUGAUCUUAUUCAUCAUGAUAAAAAAGACGAAAAUUUCAAAGACCUCGAUCUAACUUCGACUUACAUUUGUUGUGAUGAUCGCUCUGUUGAUCAAAAUCCUUGUUGGUUACUACGACAGUUAUUGGGUUAUUUGGUAUAUGUAUGUCCACUACUAGCAAACAAAGAAAUCAAAUGCAUCUGUCUUCGACAAAAGCUACAGACCAGUGUUGUCCUGCUCAUAAUAAUACCUUCUACGGAAACCAACAUAGAACAUAUCCUCUGGACUGGUUGGGAAGCGAAUAAAAACGGAAAGCUAGUACCACAAUUGGCUGACAUGUCCAAAGUUAUGGACCCUGAAAUCUUAGCUGAAAAAUCAAUAUCUUUGAACCUUACAUUAAUGAAGUGGAGACUGCUUCCUAGCCUAAAUAUAGAGAUAAUAAAUCAAAUGAAGUAUCUUCUGCUUGGUGCCGGUACACUGGGGUGCGGAGUUGCUCGUUCUUUAUUGGCAUGGGGAGCUCAAUAUAUUUCAUUUGUAGACUGUGGCAAGGUUUCAUUAUCCAAUCCAGUUCGUCAAAGUUUAUAUUUAUAUGAAGAUGCUAUUGAUGGUGGAAAACCCAAGGCUCUAACAGCUGCCAAGAGAUUGAAGCAGAUUAACCCAUGCGUUCUAUCUACCGGACAUUGGUUGAAAAUUCCUAUGCCAGGGCAUCCCGUCGGUGAAUCACAGUUUACUGAAACUAACGAAGCUCUAGAGAAUCUGGAAAACCUAAUCAAGGAACAUGAUGUGAUUUUCCUGCUGACUGAUUCGCGUGAAAGUCGUUGGCUACCAACAAUGCUGGCUGCAUAUCAUGAAAAGCGUUCACCAGUACAAAGAUAUGGAUAACCGAUUAGUUAUGACCCAAUGUAUUCAACCGAUAAAAAAUGAUGAUGCAAGGUGUAUAAAAAAGGAUCUGCGAAUUCUUUCAGAAAAUACCAAACAGAACUAAAACACGAUUGGAUAUUCCGGAGAUACAAUGAAUACCAAUUUACGUAUCUGCGGAUCUUGCCGUCGAGAAAUUGAAAGACGGGCUAGAAGAGGUGAAAAACUAAUCAUCGCUGAAAACUCGGAAACUGUUGUUGGAAGGGUUUUGCCUGAAGUACCCAGCCUGUCAACGAGACCAUCAACAAUAUCAGUGGCCACAACUGCAACAACUGAUGAUGAAUUUUCGCGAUCUGUUAACAUCGAAAUAUUCAAACGAGGAAUUGCUGGGAUUCAAGUUUCACCGAUUGAUGCAAAGAAGUCAAACAACGUUUAUUAUCCUGAACAUGAAAUUAAGGAAAUAAACCAAGGAGUGAGGAAGCAUCUUUUCCAACUAGGACCGCAGGAGGACCAAACAAGUGCAACACAGGAUUUUAAAGAAAUAAUUCUUCAAUUGAAAGAAACAUUUGACAGACAAGAUACCACAAGGAGUGAAAAACUACAGAUUUUAACUGUGUUGCCCAAGUCAUGGACAAUACAAAAAAUAAUGGAUUAAUUUAACACCACAAGGUACUUCGCAACAGCAGCUAAAGAAUUAUUUGAAACUGAUGGAGCACAUUCAAGCAGUUCACAGAAGAUCAGGCCAUGGCUUAAAUGAUGCAACGAAGGAACUUGUUGUUCAUUUUUUUUGAGGAUGAUGAAACAAGUCGGGUGAUGCCUGGCCAGAGAGACUACGUGUCAGUGAAAAACGAUGGAAAGCGGAAAGCAAUACAGGUUAUUGAUGUCGACACUUAAAGAAACAUACAAAAGAUUUAAGGAAAAAAUGAGGUAAAAAUUGGAAUUUCUUCAUUCGCGAAACUUCGUCCUAAAUACUGCAAACUUUUAACCAGUUCAGGAUCGCAGGAUCAGCAUAUUGUUAUCUUAGAUGUUGUGAGGAUUGUCCAAACAUUUCGUCAAUUGAGGAUUUUUUAACACAGCAAUUAGAAGAAAAAAUGAUUGAUUAACUGUCAUCCGAACAGUGGGUAACUAUUGAAAGAUGUGGUAUACAAACUAUUGUUAAAGAGCCUGAAGAUUUUGUUUCAUAUUUUUGUGAAAAAUUACUCAAAUUGAUAUCGCAAGAUUUCAUUAAAACAGAACAAUCUAAAUUCUUUAAAAAAACGAAAAACAAUUUGCAAGUAGGGGAAUUUUUAGUCAUUUGUGAUUUUUUUGAAAAUUACUCCUUUGAACUGCAGGAUGAAGUACAAUCUCAUCAUUGGAAUGUACAACAAGCUACUAUCUAUCCAUUUGUUAUAUACUAUAAAGAAAACCCGCAACAUUUUAGUUUCAUAAUUAUCUCAGAAGAGUUGACACACGAUGCAGUAACAGUACCUGUUUAUUUCCAAAAUGAUUACUUUUUUACGUACAGAUCAGAGAAAAAUAGUGAAGAAGAUUUAUUUUAUGUCUGACGGAGCUGCUUCACAGUACAAAAACCGUAAGAAUUUUUCUAGUCUCUGCAAGUUCAAGUAUAUGUAUGAAAUUGAAGCUGAAUGGCAUUUCUUUGCGACAUCCCAUGGCAAAAGACCGUGUGAUGGUAUUGGAGGUACGAUAAAGCGCAUGGCUACACGAGCUAGUUUAGCCAGAGAACGUGAACAUCCAAUUAAAAAUGCCAAAGAAUUAUAUAACUGGGCAAAUAAUCGAAAGGAGGAAGAGUUGAUCAUUUGAAGAAUAUAAAACUAUGGCGGCAGAGUUUAAUGAACAAUAUUGUGAAAAAAAUUUCACUCAUUUAUUCCUAUAUCUGAAAAUAAAAUUAAAGCAAAAUUGUUCUUAAACUGUUCAGAUCAUGAUGCAAAGGUUUUUAAUUUGUUUAAAUAGACGUAUUAAGUAUUAGUGUUAUAUGAUGUGAACUAAAUAAAUACCUAAGAACACCAUUUUAUUUAAUACAUUUUUAUUUAUGAAAUGAAUGCCAUAAUUUGCGAAUGGAAUUACUAAUCUCGGAUACUCGAUUUGACGCAACUGGGAACUCA